GGCAUAUCUCUGCAGACCUAACCACAGACUCCCACGAGGAGCCUCUGACUCAGCCGGGCCUAUAAAGACACGGGGAGCGGAGCCGGAGUGCACUGUCUUCAGAGGUGUCUGCCGGUCCACACUUCCCCCUCAGCUGCUCUCUCACCAUGCGGACGGCGUGUCUGGUGCUCUGCCUGGCAGUGGCCGCCUCGGCGGACCCCCAGUUCUUCAACAGGUUCAGAGGAGGCAGCCAGGCCACCGGCGGCGCCAGCGCCAACGUCAUCUCGGGCAGCAGCUCGGGACUGUUCCAAAACAGCCGCGUCACACAGCUCUCCGCCGUAGCUGGGGGUACUGCACGAGGUAAUGCCAUUAGCACAAACUCGGCCAGCGCCACCAACUUCGGCACCUCGGGACUCUUUGGCAACACUGACUUCUCAAACACCCAGGCGGUCUCCAACCAGCAGUCCUUCGGAGGAGGCGGGUUCGGAGGCGGGUUCGGAGGCGGGUUCGGAGGCAGCAGGGGAGGCAGCUUCAGGAGGCCCUCCCGACGCCGCGGAAGCAGGCCGAAUCGUAUCUUUGGAUGAGUGAUAAAUUUCGGUGAUGUUUGAGGUCUCUUACAUUGUGUCUGUAUUGCGGGAGAGGGUUUGGAGCAGCCGGUGAUUGAAGGGAGAGACAGACAUAUGUUUGGCGAAGGCAUUGGUAUCGUGGUGUUCUUGUUGAACUGGGCAUUGGAAUGUUAAUUGUUCUCAAGACUGAGUAUUGACCAUGGCUGCAUCGCUGGUAUCAUUUUGCACUAUUCAAUAAAAGUUACAUUCUCUACCCAACAGA